AUGACCCCCGGAUUUGGCGUCCCUAGUGAAGUACUACAAUGGGACCAGGAGGCCAGAGAGCGGUAUGUGGAGUACGCUAAGAGAGGAACACAGAAAGUCCACCACGCCCGGGGGAUGAUUGUAGGAUGUGCUGGGGCGGGGAAAAGCACGUUACUUAAACGGCUGCUUGGUUGUAGUGAAGAAGAGAUUAAGAAAGUAAAAUCUACUGAGGGAUUGGAGGUGCAUGAGGAAAUAUUUGAAUUAUGCGACGAAACAAAGUCGCUAAAAGUAAGACAUGCGGAUCACAGAAGUAAGAAAAAGAAGGCAACAAAUAUUGAACCAAAGACUCUAACUUUAUUUGACUUUGGGGGACAAUGUGCGUACUACGCCUGUCACCAGAUUUACCUGACCAGGAGAGCUUUCUAUGUUGUGGUGGUGGACGCCUCUAAACGUCUUGACCAGAAGGUGGAUAAGGAAGUAUGUGAUCAAGAUGGUAGUGUGUUCUCUGGAUGGACCUAUGGAGACUACUUUGUAUUCUGGAUCAAGUCUAUACACACUUACUGUGGUUCUGACAAUGAAAAAGAUCCAAAGCCCACAGUUCUGAUAGUAGCAACCCAUUGGGACAAAAGAAACAGGCAGUUCCAUGAUGAAAACCAAUUGAUGGAGAGUCUAAGCUGUCAGAUUCCAAAGUCAUCUCACUUAGCACAGUACAUAAGAGAUGAUAAAUUUUUUUUAGCAGAUUUUAAUUUGCCUCUCCGUGAUCUGGAAAUUUCCUUCUUCAACAUAGCUUCCAAUCAACGAUGGAACGAGAAAAUUCCAAAAGAAUGGUCUUUUUUUGGAAUAGAAAUCAAUCAGAAAAAAAUAUUACAGCGGAUCAUAAAUGUCUCGGAAAUAAAAACAGCAGCUUCAAAGAUUACUGAUAGAGGGGAGAGAGCUUCCAAUAAAGUUAAAAACGAAACUCUAGAUAUGCUGAGAUACUAUCAUGAUGCAGGGAAAGCUCUAUAUUUUAAUGAAAAUGGGCUUGGUGAUAAAGUAAUAAUUGAUGUACAAUGGUUUAUUGACGCCUUCAAACAUAUCAUCACAGACAAGCUACAUUUUAAAGGUAUUCCUGUGACUCAGAGAGACUGGAAUGAAUAUUAUAAUACUGGAAAACUGGGAGACCAACUCCUUGUAGAGAUCUGGAAACACAAAGAUGAAGAGUUAUUCGAAAAGUUAAAAAACGAAGAAAAAUCCUCCGAAGGCGAUGAAUACGAAAAUGAGGAGAAAUCAUAUGGGGAUGAUAAACGAUAUCUACAAUCUCACAAAGAAUCACUACUUAGCUUUAUGCAAAGACUUGGUUUAUUGGCUAUUGGUACGGAAUCUCACUAUGUCCCUUGCAUGAAUCGUAAAGAAAUAGAAAAAGAAUUUCCAGAUUUCAUCAAAGAAUCGCAGUGUAAAUCAUCUGUCCUCGUUUAUCAAUUUGAUUUUCUUCCAUUUUUCUUGUUUUUUCGCCUUGUUGUUGCUUGUAUGCAAGAAGAUGGUUGGAAAGUCUUACAAAAUCAAGGAACAUCUUGCCUCUACAAAAAUGCUGCGUUGUUUUCAGAGGUGGGAAACAACAUUGUUUUAUCCGUCACUGAAGAAUCCAUACAACUUCAAGUAUUUUGCCCGGUACAAGGAUGGUUUUUGGAAACAAGAACUACACACAGAAUUCAAGAAAGAAUUGAAGAGCUGUUAAAUGAUCUAGCAGGGACAUUUUACAAAAAAAUACUGUUUGUGAGAGGAUUUAGAUGUCAAAUGGACAAGGAAAAAAUGAUUGCAUUCGAUAUAAAGGAACAUUUUCUACCUGGAAAAGACAUUCCAAACGGAGAUCUUAAAUUGAUGUGUCCUUUGCAUUCUGUUAAUGAUCGGCAUAUCAUUGAUACUACUGAACUUACUAGAUAUUGGAAAUUGUAG